CUGCCAAAGAAGCAGUACGGUAACCAUCCCGCUCGCCAUGCAACCAUAUUCCCGGUUCACCCGCUCUCCGACUCUCUCGCCUGGUGCAUUGCGGCCAGCCUCAACCCUGCGAAUAUCAGUAGAAAUAUUACUAGACGACUAGUCCUCUCGACGGCAAUUGGUUUCACUGCGCCAUGCCUCGUCUCCGCAUCCUCGCUGGGCCGUCUCUCGACGAACUCACGCCGAUUGAGGCGAACUCGGACAGAGCUGUGGAAUUCAAGAGCGAUGUAUUUCAGGGAAAAGUUGCAGCGUAUAUCAAAGGCUUUGCAGACCCGAGCGGGGACGUCAGUGACAGUGCCUACUUCGAGAAGCGGACGGGCGUAACAUGGAGCAUCCAGGUACAAGGUAGAUUUUCUAAGCAGUAUUCCGCAGACGACGUUCUCUUCGGCAACGUCUUUGAACGACCACUGAAGCUCCCGUGGGGAUUCAGUGCUGCUCUGAAAUUCAUGAACUUCGUCGACCCUACCCUCGAACAGGACCUCGCGUCCAGCAGCAAGCCAUGGGCCCUUUCGCCGCUCAUCUCGACGAUGCCCCACCUCGAGCACAAGAGGAUCAACGGUCCUGAAGACGUACCGUCCUUCCCAGCCGAGACGCUCAUUGGCGACGAUAUAUCCCAGCUGCAGCCAGCCAGUGCGAAGAAGACGGACGCGUCUGGCGAGCGUCGUACGUUCUUCAAAGAUGCUUCUCGCAGGAAAGAAGUCGUGUUCGGUCCCGAGGACCUGAUCACUGCCGAUUUCUGCUACGACUAUCUGCGCUUCAGCCCGCAAGGCGUCGAGCUCCGGCUCCCGGGCGGCAUCACGAUUGACAUGAUGAAGUACUGGGACGGACAGCGCGUGCCGUUCGUGUGCUGCGAGCGGUUGCAUCCUGGCGACGAGCAUAGUGAGCCGUGGGGCCGGGUCUUUUGGUGUAUCGUUAUCGAGGCGGUGGACGAAGAUGAGGUGGUGGGUGCGCGUGGAGGGGAUGUCGAUUGAUGCCUAGUCGCAUAGAUCUGUAUUACUGGACAUUUCUGACAGUGGACUGCUGGCUCAUGUAUACUGUGACGAAGUACAUCCAGCGCCGGCUGAGUGCGAAGGGUACAUUUGAGGGUGAGUGAAAGCGUAUAGCAUGCCGUUUGACAAUACAACCU